CCUAACUCUCCCCCUCAACCCAUCCUCACCAAACCAACCAUCAACCCAGCUAGUAUGAAAAUAAAAAUCAGACCAACGAACCAAACCCUCGGCCACGCCCUCAUCCACAACACCUGCCAGUCCCCAAUCUACCUCUGGUCCGCCUAUCGCCGGGACCCGGCAAGCGGCGGCAUCGCGCUGAAGAUCACGCGCGUGGCGGAUGGGCUGUAUGCCGCAGCGCCGCAGAUGGUGUUUGCGUAUAAUCUUAUGGGAGAGCAGGUUUGGUAUGAUCUGUCGGAUGUUUUUGGGGAUCCGUUUUCGGGGAGUCCUGUUCGGGUUGAGUAUCGGGGGCUGGCUGGGGAGGAGGACGAUGAGGACAAGAAAAAGAUUGAGUGGGAGGAGGGGGUGUCUCCUGGGGGAAGUAUGGUUAGGGUUGCGGGUGCGGAGGGGAUUUAGUUCUGACGGUUUGUUAGAUCUAUCCUUGGAGGAUACUUAUGGAGAUGGGAGAUGAGAUAUGGAGGUGACGUGUGUGAAAGGAGAGGGUGGUGGUAGGAUAUGCUGGUUGUGGGGAGGUGGAGUGGAUGAGGGGGAUAUGGUAAUGCUAUGUCCUAUUUGCUUUCUUGCUUUGCAGUAGUAAUUCAAUG